CGGCGGACCGGAGAACCGGAGGGACGCGGAGACGGAGGAGAGACUUCGAGAUACGCGGACACGACUUUUUUAGAAGUUGUGUGGAAACAUGGAGCUGCGUGGGGUCUUCCUGGUCCUGUUUCUAGUCGCCAGCCGAGUGUGUGUCAGCCUCCAGUCCAAAGAACAAGUAUUGCUGGAUAUGAGGGCUUCAGGAUCAGAGCUGGGCUGGCUGACGUUGCCAUACGAGAACGGGUGGGAGAUAGUCCAGACGGUGGUGAACGGCUCCCUUUACUACACCUACAGCGUUUGCAGCAUCGACUCUACUGAGCAGGACAACUGGUUGCGGACGACGUUCAUCCAGCGGCGCCCGGGGGCGACGCGGGUCUCCGUGGAACUCCUUUUUGUUGUGCGGGACUGCAACACUUUCGACGGCGCCUCCGUUGCCUGCAAAGAAACCUUCAACCUUUUCAUCUCGGAGGCCGACGCCGACGUGGGAACCAACUUCCGCAAAGGACAGUUCCGGAAAGUGGCCACCAUCGCUCCCGACGAGGUGACCCGGGGCCGCGUGCUGAAGGUCAACACGGAGACCAGGACGGUGGGGCCUCUGUCCAGAAAGGGCUUCUACCUGGCUUUCCAGGACAUGGGGGCUUGUGUGGCGCUGCUGUCCGCCAGAGUGUACUACAAGACGUGCCCGUCCACGGUGCAGAGCCUGGCGGCCUUCCCGGAGACGGUGGCAGAUGCCCUCCGGGAGGUGGAGGGAGCCUGCGUGGAGAACGCCGUCAGUCAGGCCACCCCACGCAUCUACUGCACAGCUGAGGGUGAAUGGGUGGUUCCCGUGGGUCAGUGCCAGUGUCUCGCAGGCUACGAAACCACCGGGGACUCCUGCCAAGCAUGUAAACCAGGCUACUUCAAGCCAUCGGUAUCGAGCGAGUUAUGUCACGUUUGUCCUGAUAACACCAAGCCCUCGGCGGCCGGCGCCACCGAGUGUCUCUGCGAGGAGGGUUUCUUCCGCUCCCCCUCAGACCCUCCUACAUCAGCCUGCUCCGCGCCACCCAGCGCCCCUCAGGACCUGGUGUCCACCACCCUGUCAGCAGAGGGCCGGCUGCAGCUGUCCUGGAGCCCACCGCUGGUGACCGGCGGCCGUAGCGACCUCACCUACAGCGUGGUGUGCGAGCAUUGCGACGAGGGCUUGUGCAUUCCCUGCGGCGAGAAGAUCCGUUUUGAAACCGGGCCUGCGGACCUGCAGGACACCUCGGUCAUCGUCAACGACCUGGAUUCUCACCUGAACUACACGUUCACCGUGGAGGCUCACAGCGGCGUGUCCGAGUUCAGCGCCGAGAGGGCCACCGCUACCAUCACCACCGCUCUGGACUACACAGAUCCCCCCAAGGUGACGUUGAUCCAUCUGGAUGAUCGCGGCCCCACCAGUCUGUCUCUGUCCUGGACUCUGUCUCGCAGACCUCCUGCCCACAUCAAUCACCGCUACGAGCUCAUGUACCGCAGAAAAGACGAUGAAGGCGAGCGUGAUGUCACCACCUACACGGUCCUCAUCCUGGAGAAAAGCUCCGUCCACAUUAACGACCUCACCCCAGACACCACUUACAUGUUUCGGGUUCAGGCGCUGAGUCCGGAGGGCAGCCCCGGCAGCUACAGCGUGGAGCACGAGUUUCAUACGUCGCCAUUAGCUGAGUCUCAGGUCCAGAACAAGUCCACCAUGGUGAUGGGAGCUGUCGUGGGAGUGGCGGUUAUGCUGCUUGUUGUGGUGGCCGUGCUGCUGCUGCGUAAACGGAGACUGAACUCUCGUGGCAGGGGAGGACCUGAGGAUCCCUACUUCUCACCAGAUCAGCUAAAGCCGCUAAAGACGUACGUCGACCCACAUAUGUACGAGGACCCCAACAUCGCCAUUCACAAGUUCGUCACAGAAAUCGACCCGGGCGCGAUCAACAAGCAGAAAGUCAUCGGUGUAGGAGAGUUCGGGGAAGUGUUUCGGGGCGUGAUGAAGACUCCUCUGAAAGGCGAGGUGGCCGUAGCCAUCAAGACCCUGAAGCCGGGAUUCUCGGAGAAACAAAGACAGGACUUCUUGAGCGAGGCCAGCAUCAUGGGUCAGUUCUCCCAUCCCAACAUCAUCCGCCUGGAGGGAGUCGUCACCAAAUGUGAGUCAACGGCCUCAGACAGAAACUCAGCGGCCAUUAAAAAUGAACUCCAGUCAACUUCUGGUCUACUUUGCUUUCACUUAACAUCGUCUUUUUUGUUUAAAUUUCCAGUCAAGCCUGCCAUGAUUGUGACAGAAUACAUGGAGAACGGAGCUCUGGACACAUACCUGAAGGAUCGCGAUGGAGAGAUUCCUCCGUACCAGCUGGCGGGAAUGCUGCGUGGAAUAGCUGCAGGCAUGAAAUACCUCUCCGACAUGAACUACGUACACCGGGACCUGGCAGCAAGGAACGUCCUGGUCAACAGCAACCUGGAGUGUAAAGUGUCCGACUUCGGCCUGUCGCGUAUCCUGGAGAACGACGCUGAGGGCACCUACACAACCAGAGGAGGCAAAAUCCCCAUCCGCUGGACGGCCCCAGAGGCUAUCGAAUACAGGAAGUUCACCUCAGCCAGCGACGUGUGGAGCUUCGGCAUCGUCAUGUGGGAAGUCAUGGCAUUCGGAGAACGACCCUACUGGGACAUGAGCAACCAUGAGGUCAUGAAGGCUAUCAACGAGGCCUUCCGGCUUCCUGCCCCGAUGGACUGCCCGUCCGCCAUCUACCAGCUCAUGCUCCAGUGUUGGCAGCACGACCGCUCCAAACGACCUCGCUUCACAGACAUCGUCAACAUUUUGGACAAACUCCUGCGAUGCCCAGAGUCUUUGAAAACCAUCGCUGACUUUGACCCACGCGUGUCCAUCCGACUGCCCAGCACCAGCGGCUGUGACGGCACCAUGUUCAGGUCGGUGCCCGAGUGGCUGGACUCCAUCAAGAUGGGCCAGUACAACGAGAGCUUCGCUCGCGCCGGGGUAACGACCAUGGAGCAGGUGCUCGCUUUGAGGCAUGAGGACAUCAGGAACAUCGGAGUGCGGCUGCCCGGUCACAUGAAGAGGAUAGUGUACAGCAUCCUGGGCCUGAAAGACGAGACCAGCUCCCUCAGCGUGUUUGCAGUGUGAUCUAAGCAUUCCAGCAAAUCAAAGUGCACUGACCGACCAUGCCAUUUCACUCACGGACGACAAGGACUGACGUGGGGCGUGAAACUGAGCCACACUGCCGGGUUUUUAUUUUUCCCCUUGGCCCAGUGUGGCACGACUGAAGAGGACCCUUCAAGUCACUCAGAAAGGACUGAAAACAUUUAUGUACUUUAUAACAGAGGAGAAAUAAUUUAUCUUUAUAUAAAAAAAAGGGUUUAAUAUGUUGAACAUAUACAAGUGAUGUAGAGAAUAAAAUGUGAGCGUGCUUGGCCUUGUAUUUACUGUAUGACUGAAAUGUUCGAGGCUCUUUGUGAUUAAGGGCGACUUCUUCUUCCAAGCACUCACUUUUUAAAAAAAAAAAAAAAGAACAAAUCCUGCCAGAGCUUCUGGUUCCUUAAAUCUGUUUUGAUCGAUGAGACUUUCUGUAAAAUUUUGGAAUCGUUAUUCCACUCAGGGCGAAGAAUCACACAUUCUUAUGUUUUGUAGUCAGUCUCUGGAUCGCAUCGUGCAUUUUCUUCACCUGUUUGUUUACAUCAUGUCUUACAACUGUCCUUUUCUUUUUUUUAUUUAAUAUUUAUUUUUUAUUUUAUAUUUAUGUCAUUUGUUACAUGAGAAAAAAAAGAAACCUGGCGCAUGUUUGCCAGGCGCUGUAUUUUUGUGUUUAAAUAAAAUGCCUUGUGACCGCAUCGCUCUCGUGCACUCGGCGACAGUCGA